CUCAUUAAGAAAAGAAGCGAUUUCAUUAGCUUUUAUAUUUUUAUAUCGUUCCAUCUCGAGUUUGUAAUUAUUUUCGGAGAAAUAUAUUCAGUAUUUCCGCUUCCCACCGCUCAGGCUCGGGUUUGUAUUUGUUGAAAGAAAAAGGAAAAGCAGAAGAUAAAAAAAAGAAGCAGAAGAAGGCGCUCGCGCGGUCCGUCUCUCUUUGUUCAUUCAUUCAUUCGUUUCUUUGUUGCGAGUGAAUUUUUUGUUGCUGAAAGCAUGGGAGCUCAAGUGGCUAAAAACGGCGCAAAAGAGGAAACCGCUGCGGAAAAGGCAAACGGACAGGAAAACGGGCAUGCUAAGACAAACGGAAAUGCCUCUCCUACCGCAGAAGGAGCCGCCGAGGAGGUCCAGGCUAACGGCAAACACGCCGCAGACGGCGAGGUGAAAGCCGAAGACGGAGCAGCUGAGAAGCCGACGGAGGAAGGCGACGCCGAAAGCGCUCCGGUGGCCAACGGCGAGGACUCUGCAAAACCAGAAGAGAACGGCUCUGCGUCCGUGAGCGGCGAGCCCGCCAAGCAAAAGAAGCGGUUUUCCUUUAAAAAGCCCUUCAAGCUCAGCGGCUUCUCCUUUAAGAAGAGCGCCAAGAAGGAAGCCGAGCCGGAGGAGGCGGCAGCUGCUCCGGCCGAGGAAGGCAAAGAUCAAGCCGAAUCCGGGGACGCCAAGCCAGAAGCAUCCGAAGGAGAAGAGAAGGAAAAGGAAGAACAACAACAAGAAGCAGCUGAGGGAGACAAAGCCGAUCAGCCGAGCAACGAAGAGCAAAAGCCCGAGACGCCAGCAGAGGAGAAACCGGCCGAAGCUGCAGCCGAAGAGCCAGCGCCAGAACCGGCACCGGCUGAGAGCUCAGACGCUCAACCCGCUGCCGCUGAAGAGUAACAGGGUUCAACAAGGUGACGACGGCUUUUUAAUGAAGUAAUAAGGAGCUGAACCUCGGAGGCUUUUUGUACAAAAAAAAAAACAAAACAAAAAAUAACCAACCCCAACAACCAAUGACCUUUCAAAGUUGUCUUAAUCCCUGUCAUAAUUUCGUCCUCCUCCAUCCGAUGUUUCUGUGGUGCUCCAAGGAAGGAUCUCUGAUUGUAGCAUGAAAGGCACCGUGCUUCAAUUCCUACAACUGUGUUUGUUACAGUAUUGCUUGUGUGUGUAUGUGUGUGUAUGUGUGAUGCAGUAUUUUUUUUUUUUUUUUUUUUUUUCAACUUUCAUACCUGUAAACCUUUUUAGGAGAUUGCAAUGUUAGUUGAAGUAUUUGGUGCCAUAUGAUUUAGGCUUUUUUUCCCCCAGUGCAUGCUAGGAGAGCGGUGCUACCAAAAAGCAAACGAGGCGUGUAAAUGAGUCACAGAUCAAAUGAUGGUCUGUGUGUGUGUUUUUUCUGUUCUUUUUAAAUGACACGCAUCUCGUGAAUGGUUCAGAAUGGUGGGUGCUCAGAUAUUACACCAGCAGCACCGCUCGACUCCGGCAGCACCGCGUGCUUGUAUAGGCUUCGUCGCUUCGUCUUUAACCUUUUUAAAACCUUUUUCAGUCCUGUAGGUAAAGUCCGACCCUCUGCUAACCAUGUUGUAGAUCCACCAUGUUGACCUGUGAUAACUAAUACAGUUAGGAGUUUUUUGUUUGUUUGUUUUUUGUUUUUCCUACGAUGCUGUGCAAGUAUAUAUAAAAGUUGCCAGUGCAAUCAAAUAGAUUACAGUUUGCUGUAAAUACUCAAGGUUCGACACUACCUGGUUUUUAAACGGAAUGUAACUUUGCGUACAGAAGUAUGAAUUCAUGAACUUCAACGGGCACAAAAAAACACGAAUAAAGGAUUCAAAAGAACAAA